CGGGUAGAGAGCAAAGAAAGGAAAACAAGAGUAGCCUUGGAUUCCAAGACUCCAAAAAUGCUUUUGAGAGAAAGGUGACGCUUGUUUUAAAAAGGUGCUUGCAACUCCCUGGUCCGUCGGCAUGUGUAUUUUCCUAUACAAAGUGGUUCCAAUUACCUUGGCACUCCUGGUAUCUGGAUUCAUCUCCAGUGAAUGCCUCUGCAGCACCACGCCAGACAUAUGGGAUCAAUCAGGGCUUCGGUGCCGCUGUGUUUUCUUUGGGAAUGUUGACAGCCUGACAGACAUGGGGUUCUGGUGACACGGAAUCUCAGAAACUUCAGCAUGAACAGGGAAGGAGGGGAGGAGAGAGAAAGAGAAAGGGAAAGAGGGACAUAAAGAUAUUUAUCUUGACUGCCCCCUUUCCUUCAAACAUUUUAUAGGUUUCAGGGAAGGAAACAGGAGGAGGGGAGGGGAGGAAAAGACAGAGAGAGGGAGAGAUUGAGAAAGCAUUUCAUUCUCAGCAGAGCCCAAACCCCCUGAGCUGAAAGAGGGGCGAGCCUGGAGAUUCUCCUCCCAACGUGUCAAAUUAAAGGGAUCAGGGACAGCGGCUGAUACCUGAGGCACGCGGGAGGGAGGCUGCCUCUGACACCAUCAGAUUGGAAAAGGGGGAAGGAGGACCAGCGGUGCCAGAAAGAGAAGGGAAUCAGAGUUUUCUGACUUGCUGCUGCUGCCGCCGCCGCCGCUUCUGCUGCUGCAGCUACUGCUGAGCUCAGGGCAGCAGCAGGUCUACCUCCUCCACUCUACAAUGUGGCGUCUGCUGCCUCUUUAUUGCUGGAGUCUCUCUCUAGUUUCUGGCUGGACGGCGUUUCAGCAGAUACCCACGUCGGGAAAUUUCAGCUUUAGCUUCUUCCCUUCCUCUUCUUCUUCCUCCUCUUCCUCCUUCCCGCUGGCGACCCCGCAACGGCAGCUUCAGGAACUGGAGCCCCGGAGGUCCCUGGCGCUGGCGCUACCGCCGCCGCCCCCGCCGCCACCACCGCUACUCCCCGAGCCCAAGGAGAACAAAGUGGAGAAACUGGGCCAGUCCUUCAAGCGCAAUGUGAGGAAGCUGCGCGAGCGGAGCCACAGUCUUGAACUGGUGUUCCUGGUGGAUGAGUCCUCGAGUGUGGGCCAUGCCAACUUCCUCAACGAGCUUAAGUUCGUCAAGAAGCUGCUGUCCGAUUUCCCCGUGGUACCUAGCGCCACCCGCGUGGCCAUCGUGACCUUUUCGUCCAAGAACAACGUGGUGCCACGCGUGGACUACAUCUCCUCCAGUCGGGCGCACCAGCACAAGUGCUCGCUGCUCAACCGCGAGAUCCCCAAUAUCACCUACCGAGGCGGAGGCACUUACACCAAAGGCGCUUUCCAGCAAGCCGCGCAAAUACUACGUCAUUCCCGAGAAAACUCAACCAAGGUAAUAUUCCUCAUUACUGAUGGCUAUUCCAAUGGAGGAGACCCUCGACCAAUUGCAGCUUCUCUACGUGAUUUUGGAGUGGAGAUCUUUACUUUUGGUAUAUGGCAGGGUAACAUCCGAGAGCUGAAUGAUAUGGCUUCCACCCCAAAGGAAGAACACUGCUACUUGCUUCACAGUUUUGAAGAAUUUGAGGCUUUAGCUCGUCGAGCACUUCACGAAGAUCUGCCUUCUGGGAAUUAUAUUCAAGAGGAUAUAUCUCACUGUUCCUACCUCUGUGAAGCGGGCAAGGAUUGCUGUGAUAUAAUGGCAAGCUGCAAGUGUGGCAUUCAUACUGGGCAGUUUGAAUGCAUCUGUGAAAAGGGCUACUUUGGAAAAGGACUGCAACAUGAAUGCACAGCUUGCCCAUCUGGGACAUAUAAGCCUGAAGGCUCACCAGGGGGCAUCAGCACUUGUAUUCCAUGCCCUGAUGAAAACCACACAUCCCCACCCGGAAGUACUUCCCCAGAGGACUGUGUCUGCAAGGAAGGCUAUCAGGCAGCAGGCUACGCAUGUCAAGUGGUCCACUGCCCUGCCCUGAGACCUCCUGACAAUGGCUACUUUAUUCAGAACAUCUGCAACAACCACUUUAAUGCCGCCUGUGGAAUCCGUUGUCAUACUGGAUUUGAAUUAGUGGGAAGCAGCAUUCGCCUCUGUCAGCCCAAUGGUUUGUGGUCUGGUUCUGAAAGUUCCUGCCGAGUUCGGACGUGCCCUCAACUCCGCAAGCCUGAGAAUGGUCAAAUCAGUUGUACAUCAGGUGAAACAUUAUAUAGGACGAUGUGCUUGGUUACCUGUGAUGAGGGAUACAGACUGGAAGGCAGUCCCAGACUCACUUGUCAAGGAAAUUCUCAGUGGGAUGGGAUAGAACCCCGGUGUGUGGAACGCCAUUGCCCUACUUUUCAAAAGCCCAAAGGUGUGACCAUUCACCCAUCAAGUUGUGGAAGAGGACCCGCCAAGAUCGGUACUGUGUGCCAAUUAAGUUGUCCCCCAGGAUUCAUCUUGUCUGGAGCUAGGGGAGAUGUGAGAUGCACCAGUUCAGGGAAAUGGAAUGCCAAAAUUCAGGCGGCUAUUUGUAAAGAUGUGGAGGCUCCACAAAUCAUCUGUCCUAAAGACAUUGAAGCCAAGACCCUAGAACAGCAAGACUCUGCUAAUAUUACUUGGAUUGUACCAACGGCAAAAGAUAACUCUGGUGAAGAGGUAUCGAUUCACGUUACUCCAGCUUUUACACCACCUUACCUUUUCCCAAUUGGAGAGGUUGCUAUCACAUAUACAGCAGUUGACCAGUCCAGAAACCAGGCCCGUUGUACAUUCAGUGUCAAGGUUAUUGAUGUAGAACCACCUGUCAUUGAUAGAUGCCGAUCCCCACCUCCAAUCCAGGGCCCCAAGAAUGAGUAUGUAGCAACCUGGGAUGAACCUCAGUUCUCAGACAACUCAGGAUCUUUGCUGACUAUCACUCGAAGUCAUUCCCCAGGAGAUAUCUUUCCCCAAGGAAGGACCACAGUACAAUAUACAGCCACAGACCCAUCUGGCAAUAACAGGACAUGUGAAAUUUAUGUUGUCAUCAAAGGUUCUCCCUGUGAAAUUCCAUUCACUCCUGUUAAUGGAGAUUUCAUAUGUACCAAUGACAGUGUUGGUAUCAACUGCACACUAAGUUGCCUAGAAGGCUAUGAUUUUACUGAAGGAUCAGCCGAAAAAUAUUACUGUGCCUUUGAAGAUGGAAUCUGGAGACCUCCAUAUUCUACUGAAUGGCCAGACUGUGCUGUAAAUCGCUUUGCAAAUCAUGGAUUCAAGUCAUUUGAGAUGCUCUACAAAACAACUUGCUGUGACAACAAUGAUCUCCUCAAAAACUUUUCUAAAGCUUUUGAGACUACUCUUGGUGAAAUGGUCCCAUCGUUUUGUAAUGAUGCUGAUGAUAUUGACUGCAGACUGGAGGACCGGACACAAAAACACUGCCUAGAAUAUAACUAUGACUAUGAAAAUGGAUUUGCAAUUGGGCCUGGUGGUUGGGGUGUGGCCAAUAAAGUGGAUUAUUCCUAUGAAGACUUCAUGGAUGUCAUUCAAGAGCAGUCUCAGAAACCUGUCAUGAUGGGGACUGGUAAAACUCAAACUUCUAGGGUCAAAAGACAUGAAAAACUUAGCACCUCAACAUCUGACCAUAAAAUUAAGUUAAUAUUUAAUAUAACAGCAAGUGUACCUUUGCCUGAUCAGAGAAAUGAUACCCUGGAAUUGGAAAACCAGCAACGGCUCCUGAAGACCUUAGAGACAAUCACUAACCGGCUCAAAAGAACUCUCAAUAAGGAACCCAUGUAUUCUUUUCAGCUUGCAUCUGAGAUGGUUGUAGCUGACAGCAAUUCAUUGGAAACAGAAAAGGCCUUUCUGUUCUGCAGACCAGGCUCAAUGCUAAGAGGACGAAUGUGUGUUAAUUGCCCUUUGGGGACCUAUUAUUCCCUGGAGCACACUGUCUGUGAAAGCUGCUGGAUUGGAUCCUAUCAAGAUGAGGAAGGACAACUAGAGUGUAAACUUUGCCCCACUGGUAGUUCCACUGAAUACCUCCACUCAAGAAGCAUCUCUGAAUGUAAAGCUCAGUGCAAGCAAGGAACCUACUCACCAAAUGGUCUAGAAACCUGUGAAUCAUGUCCUCUGGGCACCUAUCAGCCAGCAUUUGGUUCCAAGAACUGCCUCUCUUGUCCAGAAAACACUUCAACUGUGAAAAGAGGAGCUGUGGAUAAAUCUGCCUGUGGAGUGCCUUGUCCAAUAGGAGAAUUCUCUCGCUCUGGCAUAAAGCCUUGCUAUCCAUGUCCCAGAGACUAUUAUCAACCAAACCCAGGAAAGUCCUUCUGCCUUUCUUGUCCUUUUUAUGGAACAACAACAAUCACCGGGGCAAGAUCCAUCACCGAUUGCUCAAGUUUUAGUUCAACUUUUUCAGCUGCAGAGGAAAGUAUCAUGUUGUCAGCAUCUCCUGGACAUAUCACCAAGAAGUAUGAAGUCAGCAGCCAGGUUUUCCAUGAGUGUUUUCUAAAUCCAUGCCAUAAUAGUGGGACCUGCCAGCAACUUGGACGAGGAUAUGUUUGCAUCUGCCUGCCUGGAUUUACAGGUUUAAAGUGUGAAAUUGAUGUGGAUGAAUGCAGUUCCUCACCUUGCCUCCACAAUGGAGUAUGCAAAGAUGGUGUUGACAAGUUUAUUUGUCAGUGCCCGGCAGGUUACACAGGUCAGCUCUGCGAGGGAAACAUAAACGAGUGUAGAUCCAAUCCAUGUUUAAAUAAGGGUACUUGUGUUGAUGGUAUUAAUGGGUAUCACUGCUCCUGUGUGAAAGGAUUCAAAGGCACUCACUGUGAAACAGAAGUCAAUGAAUGCCAAUCAGACCCAUGUUUGAACAAUGCAGUUUGUGAAGAUCAGAUAGGGGGAUUCUUGUGUAAGUGCCUUCCAGGUUUUCGGGGUACCCGGUGUGAAAAGAAUGUGGAUGAAUGUCUGAGUAGUCCUUGUAAGAACGGAGGAACCUGCAAGGAUGACAUCAACAGCUUCAGAUGUCAGUGUGUGACAGGAUACACAGGGCCACGAUGUGAAGUGAAUAUCAACGAAUGUGAUUCCAACCCCUGCAGAAACCAGGCCACUUGUGUGGAUGAGCUGAACUCCUACAGCUGUAAAUGCCGGCCAGGCUUCUCAGGCAGCCGGUGUGAAACAGAACAGUCUGCUGGUUUUAACCUGGAUUUCGAAGUUUCUGGAAUCUAUGGUUAUGUCAUGCUUGAUGGUGUGCUCCCAACUCUCCAUGCCAUUACAUGCACAUUCUGGAUGAAGUCAUCUGACAUCAACAACUAUGGAACUCCAAUCUCUUAUGCCCUUGAGAAUGGAAGUGACAAUACUUUCCUUCUCACUGAUUAUAAUGGCUGGGUUCUUUAUGUGAAUGGGAAGGAGAGGAUAACAGACUGUCCCUCAGUCAAUGAUGGCAAUUGGCAUCAUAUCUCAAUCACUUGGACAAGUACAGAUGGAUCCUGGAAAGUGUAUAUUGAUGGAAAAUUAUCUGAUGGUGGCACUGGCCUGUCUAUUGGUUCAGCUAUCCCUGGAGGUGGUGCACUAGUUCUUGGGCAGGAGCAAGACAAAAAGGGAGAAGGAUUCAAUCCAGCUGAGUCAUUUGUGGGCUCUAUAAGCCAGCUCAACAUUUGGGACUAUGUCCUAGCUCCAGAUCAGGUAAAGUCUUUGGCUACCUCUUGUCCAGAAGGACUCAGUAAAGGAAAUGUGUUGGCAUGGCCAGACUUCCUAUCAGGAGUUGUCGGAAAAGUGAAGAUUGAUUCCAAGAGCAUAUUCUGUUCUGAUUGUCCAUCAUUAGACGGAUUUGUACCCCAUCUGCGGACCUUAACAGUAGAUUUAAAGGCAGGCUCUAAAGUCAGUCUUUUCUGUGAUGCCGGUUUCCAGAUAGUUGGGGAUGCUGUGCAAUACUGUCUGAAUCAGGGACAAUGGACUCAACCACUGCCCCACUGUGAAAGAAUUGGCUGUGGAGUGCCACCACCUUUGGAGAAUGGCUUUUAUUCAGCAGAAGACUUCUAUGCAGGCAGCACAGUCACCUACCAGUGUAACAAUGGCUAUUAUUUGCUGGGCGAUUCAAGGAUGUUUUGCACAGACAAUGGAAGUUGGAAUGGCAUUUCACCUUCAUGCCUUGAUGUCGAUGAAUGUGCAGUUGGAUCAGACUGUGAUAAGCAUGCUUCCUGCCUCAAUACAAAUGGGUCCUAUAUAUGUACAUGCAUCCCACCCUACACAGGAGAUGGAAAAAAAUGUGCAGAACCAAUAAAAUGUAAGGAUCCUGGCAAAACAGACAAUGGUCAGUCUUCUGGGAAUAUUUAUACUGUGGGUGGAGAAGUUACUUUCUCUUGUGAAGAAGGCUAUCAACUUAUAGGCGUGACCAAAAUAACAUGUUUGGAGUCAGGAAAAUGGAGUCAUCAAAUACCAUUUUGUGAAGCCAUUUCCUGUGGUGGACCUGUUAUUCCAGAGAACUGUGGUAUUGAGGGAUCAACAUUUACCUAUGGUAAUAAAGUAACUUAUAGAUGUAAUAAAGGAUACAAAUUGAUUGGUGAAAAAGAAUCAUUUUGCCUUGCUAAUGGUGCUUGGAGUCAUUCCCCUCCCAUGUGUGAAUUAGUAAAAUGCCCUAAUCCACAGAACAUAAUAAAUGGAAAAUAUCUACCAAAUGGGCUAACCUACCUUUCUACUACAACCUAUUCAUGUGAUAGUGGAUACAGCUUAAAGGGACCUUCAGUUAUAGAAUGUACAGCUACAGGAAAUUGGAAUACAGCACCCCCUGUAUGUGAGCUCAUCUUCUGUGGAGACCCUCCAGCCAUCAAAGAUGCCGUUAUCAAAGGGAGUAACUUUACAUUUGGAAAUACUGUGACUUAUACCUGCAAAGAAGGGUAUACUCUUGUUGGUACUGAAACCAUUGAAUGCCUGGCAAGUGGCUUGUGGAGUGAAAGUGAUCAGCAGUGCCUAGCUGUUUCCUGCGAUGAACCUCCUAGUGUGGAACAUGCCUCCCCAGAGACUAGCCACCGCUUAUAUGGAGAUGUUGCAUAUUACUACUGUGCAGAUGGUUAUAGUUUGGCUGGCAACUCCCAGCUGCACUGUGAUGCCCAGGGACAGUGGGUUCCUCUGGAAGGACAGGCUGUACCCCACUGUAUAGCUGACUUUUGUGAGAAACCUCCAGCUGUUCUAUAUAGCAUUUUGGAGUCUGUAAGCAAAGCUAGAUUUGCAGCUGGAUCCAUUGUUAGCUUUAAAUGCAUGGAAGGCUUUGUGCUGAACACCUCAUCUAAAAUUGAGUGUAUGCGAGGUGGGCACUGGAAUCCUUCUCCCAUGUCAAUCCAGUGUAUCCCAGUUCGGUGUGGAGAACCACCAAGUAUCAAGAAUGGUUAUGCAAGUGGAAGCAACUACAGUUUUGGGGCCGUGGUGGCUUAUAGUUGCAACAGGGGAUUCUAUAUCAAAGGAGAGAAGAAGAGUACCUGUGAAGCCACAGGACAGUGGGGUAGUCGCAUACCUACAUGCCACCCAGUGUCUUGUAAUGAACCACCCAAAAUUGAGAAUGGAUUUGUGGAGCAUACAACUGGGAAAGUCUUUGAGAGUGAAGUGAGGUAUCAGUGUAACCCAGGAUACAAGAUGGUGGGAAGUCCGGCAUUUGUCUGCCAGGCCAAUCGCCAGUGGCAUAGUGAAUCUCCUCCAGUCUGCAUUCCCCUCAGCUGUGGGAAGCCUCCAUCUCUUCAGAAUGGCUAUAUCAAAGGAGAAAACUUUGAGGUGGGAUCUAAGGUUCAGUUUUUCUGCAAUGAGGGUUAUGACCUUGUGGGAGAUGCUUCUUGGACAUGCCAGAAGUCAGGGAAGUGGAACAGAAAGCCAAACCAAAAGUGUGUGCCAGCCAAGUGCCCAGACCCACCCCUGCUGGAAAACCAACUUGUAAUAAAGGAAUUGGUUCAUGAAGUUGGGUUGGUGCAAUUUUCCUGUAAAGAGGGUUAUGUCCUCCAAGGCCCCUCCAUCCUGAAGUGCUUGGUAUCACAACGGUGGAAUGGCUCUUUUCCUUUCUGUAAGAUGGUACUUUGUCUCCCACCUCCACUCAUUUCCUUUGGUGUCCCUGAUUCUUCCCCUGCUCUUCAUUUUGGAACUGUUAUCAAGUACUCCUGUGUAGAUGGGUUUUUCAUGAGAGGAGAUUCCACCACCUCUUGCCAAGCUGAUGGCUCAUGGAGUUCACCACUGCCUGAAUGCAUCCCCGUUGAAUGCCCCCAGCCUGAAGAAAUUCCCAAUGGCAUCAUAGAUGUGCAAGGUCUUGCCUACCUCAGCACAGCCUUAUACACAUGUAAACCUGGCUUUGAAUUGAUGGGAAAUAUGACUAUCCUUUGUGGAGAAGAUGGGCACUGGCUUGGAGGAAAACCCACUUGCAAACCCAUUGAGUGUCCUAAGCCCAGUGAGAUCCUAAAUGGCAAACUUUUUUACACAAACCUCCAUUAUGGACAAACCAUUUCCUACUCAUGUGAUAGGGGUUUUAGCCUGGAAGGACCAAAAACUCUGACUUGUUUAGAGACAGGGGAUUGGGAUGUAGCUGUUCCAUCUUGUAGUGCCAUUUAUUGUGAGCCCCCACAGCCUAUUGAAAAUGGCUUUGUGGAAGGAGCAGAUUACAGCUAUGGUGCCAUGAUUAUCUACAGUUGUUUCCCAGGAUUCCAGUUGACGGGCCAUGCCAUGCAAACUUGCGAUGAGACAGGGUGGUCUAGCUUUAUACCAACAUGCCUUCCCAUAGACUGUGGUCUUCCUCCUCAUAUUGAUUUUGGAGACUAUGUGAAAGUCAAAGGUCAAGAAGGAUAUUUUGAUCAAGAAGAUGAUGUUAUGGAAGUCCCAUACUUGACUCCUGAACCUCCUCAUUCACUUAGUCCAAUGGAGAGUACCUGGAAAAGCAGGAAAGGCCCUACAGUUUCGCAGAUACCUAACUUUUUCUAUGGUACCCUAGUUUUAUAUAGCUGUAACCCUGGACAUGAGCUUUUGGGGAAUCCUAUGCUGAUUUGCCAGGAGGAUGGGACUUGGAAUGGCAGUGCCCCUGCAUGCAUAUCAAUAGAAUGUGACUUGCCUAGCCAACCAGAGAAUGGCUUUUUGCAUUUUACUGAGAAUACAAUGGGCAGUGUAGUCCACUACAGCUGUAAUCCAGGGCAUGUGCUGGUGGGCUCUAGCAGAAGACUUUGUCUCUCAAAUAGACAAUGGAGUGAUAAUGCCCCACACUGUGAAGUAAUUUCAUGCAAUAAACCAAACCCACUAAUGAAUGGAUCUAUUCAAGGAGGAAAUUACACAUACCUGAGUGUGCUGCAUUAUUCUUGUAACCCUGGGUAUGAACUGAAUGGCUCCAGUAGAAGAACCUGUCAGGAAGACAGUCAGUGGGAUGGGAAUGAACCAAUUUGUGUCCCUGUGGCCUGUGGUCCACCCCCAGUCUCAGAGAAUAGUCAGGUGAGUGGGAAUGAGUACACAUUCCAAAAGGAGAUUGUGUAUACUUGUGAUGAAGGAUUCUUGCUUCAAGGGUCUAGUAGCAGAGUUUGCCUGGCCAAUGGGAGCUGGAGUGGAGUCACUCCAGUCUGUGUGGCUAUCAAGUGUCCGGUACCACCCCAGAUUGUCAAUGGGGAAGUGAGUGAACUGGAACACAGCUUUGGGAAGGAAAUCGAUUUCCACUGUCAUGAAGGCUAUGUAUUGCAUGGUUCCACAAAGCUAACCUGCCAGAUGGAUGGCACCUGGGAUGGAGAGGCACCUCUCUGCAAACCAGUCCACUGUGGUCCUCCAGAAGAUCUCUCUCAUGGCUUCCUAAACGGUUCCUCCUUUUCUUAUGGAGACUACAUACAGUAUGUGUGCUUUCCUGGUUAUGAGCUCCUUGGCACUCCUUUGAGACAGUGUCUCUCCAGUGGCUCCUGGAGUGGUAGUCCCCCUUCUUGCCUGCCUUGUGAGUGUCCUAUGCCCAUGAUUCAAAAUGGACUCAUUGUUGGGGAAGAUUUCAGUUGUGGAAAAGUUGCACAGUUUCAAUGCCUUGAAGGCUUCAAGCUCCUGGGGCCUUCUGAAAUUACUUGUGAGGCAGCUGGGCAGUGGAGUGCCGGCUUUCCACUCUGUGGGCGCAAUUCUUGUGGUCCCCCACCAACAAUUUUGAAUGCAUUCAUCAAUGGGGGCAGUUCCCUGGAGGAGAAUGCAAUAACCUACAGUUGUAUGACUGGCUAUGUCAUGCAGGACAGGUCUGACCUGAUUUGUACAGAGAAAGGGACAUGGAGCGAGCCUUAUCCCAGCUGUGAGCCUCUCUCCUGUGGACCCCCACCUGCUGUAGCUAAUGCAGUAGCAACUGGAAAAGCACACACUUAUGGAAGUAAAGUACAUCUCAGAUGUCUAGAAGGUUAUGUGAUGGAAUCAGAUACAGAUACAAUGACUUGUCUGAAAGAUGGGAAUUGGUCACCUGACAGCAUUUCCUGUAUUCCCAAAAAAUGCUCCCUACCAACAGAUAUGAACAAGAUACUUGUUCUUGGGGAUGAGUUUAGUGUGAAUAAACAAGUUUCUGUAUCAUGUGUAAAAGGAUAUACUUUGGAGGGAGAAAACAUAUCAACAUGUCAGCUUGAUGGUUCUUGGGAUCCACCAUUCUCUGAUGAUUCUUGCACUCCAGUUUCUUGUGGGAAACCUGAAACUCCAGAGCAUGGACUUGUGCUUGGCAUAGAAUACAGCUUCAAAAGUACAAUUAUUUAUCAGUGUGAGGCUGGCUAUGAGUUAGAGGGUGACUCUGAACGUUUCUGCCAGGAAAACAAACAGUGGAGUGGAGCUGUAGCUCUCUGUAAAAAAAUCAAGUGUGAAGCUCCAAUCCAGUUUGAGAAUGGGAGGAUUGAAUAUGAAAAUAAAACAGUUGGUCCAAGAGUGAUAUAUUCCUGCAAUAAAGGAUACAGCCUGGAAGGAGAAUCUAUUACAGAAUGCACUGAAAAUGGAACUUGGAGCCACCCAAUACCUUUCUGCAAACCAAAUCCCUGUCCUGUACCUUUUGUCAUUCCUGAAAAUGCUCUUCUUUCCGAGAAGGAAUUUUAUGUUGGUCAGAAUGUGUCUAUCAAGUGCAGAGAAGGCUAUGUGCUACAGGGUCAAGCUGUUAUUACCUGUAACCCAGAUGAGACAUGGACACCAACAAAUGCCAAGUGUGAAAAGAUCUCUUGUGGACCACCAGUUCAUGUAGAAAAUGCAAUUGCUCGUGGUAUACAUUACCAGUAUGGAGACCUAAUAACCUACUCCUGCUACAGUGGAUACAUGCUGGAAGGCUCCCUUCGAAGUGUCUGCUUGGGAAAUGGAACCUGGACAUCACCACCUACUUGCAGAGCUGUCUGUAGAUUUCCAUGUCAAAAUGGAGGAGUUUGCCAAAGGCCCAAUGCAUGCACCUGCCUGGAAGGCUGGAUGGGGCGCCUCUGUGAAGAACCAAUAUGUAUUCUUCCCUGCCUGAAUGGCGGCCGCUGUGUGGCACCAUAUCAGUGUGAUUGCUCAGCUGGGUGGACUGGCUCCCGCUGUCAUACAGCUGUUUGCCAGUCUCCCUGCUUAAAUGGUGGGAAAUGCAUACGACCAAAUCGAUGCCAUUGUCUCUCUACUUGGACUGGACAUGAUUGCUCGAGGAAAAGAAAAACUGGGUUUCAUCCCUUCUAACAAUACCACAGCAAAGCAGCGCUCUCAAAAAGGCAAGAUCAUCUCUCCCGGCCAGUCCCUGGGGAUUCUGGAACAUGGACAUUAAAAAUCCAACAUGGUGCUGGUUCUUUUGGAAAGUUAUUUUGUUAUUUUUUGUUGUACUUGUUUUUGUUUUUAUUUUGUGAUAUAUUUUUCCUUGAGUUUUCCAUUAAAAAAAUAUGCCUGUAUUUUCAUAUGCAAAAAUGUAUCUUAAGUAUAUGCUGCUACACCCACAUAAUAUGUACAUAUUCUUCCAUGAAUUAGGGAAAUUUCAUGUAUACAUUUUGGUUGCUGUUUUGUUUUAAUUCCUGUAAGUAUGUUGUCAAGUAUAAGUUUCACUGCCAAGCAGUGUAAUGCAGGCUUGCCAUUCCAUGGACUUUCCAAGCCCACCACAUAUCCCAGAAGCCAAGCCAUAGUGAGAUGACUGGUUGUAUCAAUGACAUGUAAGCUAUCCCACAGUUCUCUAAACACAGAUUACCUUCUUGGCCACCAUACUCAUGAGGAUGAAUACAUGAAAAGGAGGGUCUGGUUCAUUCCACUUAUGUUUAUAACAAUGAAUUUUUCAUCUUAACUUAGCUAGAUAUUUAGGGAUUAGAUUGCCUACUCCCUGUCUCCCUUCCCCCUCCCCCCCAUAUAAGAUACUACAGAUAGUAGGAAUAGCUGGUUGCCAUGGAAAUAAAAGAAGCCCAGCUACCUUUAUUCCCUCAACAUGAUACACAGAAAGACAAGGCAAGGUCUGUAGUAGAAAGAAAUCUCUAGGACAUAAAAAGCUACAAAGGGCAAUGGAAUUUUUGUUUUCAUUUCUGUUUUGUUUUCCUUUUAUCCAAAUUGUGAUUUCAUCAAUGUAGGGAGUUCUUGGUGAAGAACUUCCUCUACCAAUCAGAAGGCACUUUCUCCGAAACUUACAGUCUUAGAAUUCUCCAGGACACUAAGAGGUUAAAUGAUUUGCCCAAAUCUUUCUGACUCCAAGGCCAGCUCUCUAUAUACACUAUACCAAGCUGCCUUUCUAAGGGCAUAGUUCUUAAUGGAACCUUUUUUCCCCCUCUCUUAAUUCCCAUCUCACAUCUACACUUGCUGUAAUAAUUACAUACAACUGCCCUUCUUGCAACCCCAACAGACAACAGUAGCCUUAUCUCAUAUUUUUGGGAUGCCGAUGAAAGAAAGAUGGCGGAAAGUGGCCCAAGAGCACAUUUUUUAAUAAAUAGGAGAGAGAAGGAAAAAGGAAUGCAUGAAAGGGAAGACAAAAAGAAUUGGGGGAAAGGUAUCUUAAAUAUAUGCUGCUACAUCUAUCCAAUGUGUACAUAUUCUGUCAUGAAUUAGGGAAAUGUCAUGUAUACAUUUUGGUCAUUUUUAAAAAAUUCCUUUGAAUAUGUUUGUCAAGUGUAUGUUUCACUGCCAACGGUAUCAUGCAGACUUGCCAUUCCAUGGAAUUCCCAAGCCCACAACAUUACAUGGAAGCCAAGUCACAGCUAGAUGACUGGUUGUAUUAGAAAAGAAGACUGGUAAACCACUCCAGAGUAGUCAGGGGGCUCAGAAGUAAAAAGGAGAAUACAAGUAUAGUGUUCCCAUCCAUUCCCAAACAAAGGCCAAAAUGUUCUCUCUCUAGAGUUUCUCUCUUGAAAACUCAUCGCCUCCAGAACCUUUCUAUUCCGCCCUAACUAACCUGGCUUUGCCAUUUAGAACUCAGUAACCUAUUCCUGGAUGUCAAGAAAUUCCUGGAAUUCAAGUUCUUGGAAAUAAGUGUUGUGCACUGAGUAGAAUUUGGAAAAAAUAAAGAGAUAAUUUGGUAUGAUUUGGGUUUGGAUCUAAAAGCUUCAUGAAAAAUGAGGAAUUUUCUGCCCCCUAAGUCGCCAUAGGCAUUUGAUGCGAACACCCUUGAAAAGAAAUAUUCCCUGGUGCUUUACUGUGUGUGGGAAAAAAACCAAUCUAUUGACCUCAAAUAUAUAAUGCUUGCAUGGCUAUUCCUAUUCCAGUUUAGCCUUUUCAAGGAGAAUAAGGCAAUGAGAAUUCUGAUAGGUUCAAAGAGGUAGAAGGAACAUCAAAAAUCAAUGAUUAUCUCAUCCACUUUUCAGAAGGGAAAGCUGAGUCCAAUAGAAAUUAAUUGACUUACUGAAGGUCACACAACUAAUUGAUAUCAGAGGCAGGGCAUGAAACCAGGUCCUCUGACUCUAGAGCUAAUAUAACACAGAUGGCAGAGUACAAGAUGUAACAUGAGGAAGACAAAUUCAAAUCUCACCUCUUCCAAGAUACUGGACAAGUCACCUCUUAUUCGCCAUCUAUAAAAUGAGAUGAUUGGAUGGAAUGUGGCCACUGAGGUCCCUUCUAAUUCUAAAUCUAUGACUUUCUCACUUUUUCAGAAAACAGUUCUACCAAAAGAAAUUCAUUAUAGUAGAAAGAGAAUCGGGCUUGGGAAUUAUGCGUCUUGGACCCUAAUGCCCACAGUGAACACUAACUACAGGUGCUUCAAUUAACCUCUCUGAACCUCAGUUCUCCUCCUCUAUAAAAUGGAAUAAAAAUAUGUGUACCACCUGCCUCACCCAGUUAAGAAGGCAUUACAUAUAUGUAAAAUGAUGGGGUUUUUAAUGGAUGGAGUAGUAGCAAGCGCUUUGUAAAUGUAGAACCAUGUAUACUGAUUCAGUAAAUUGUUGAGCUACCUUUGA